AUGGAGCCUUCUUAUCUCUUUCCCAGAAUUCUUCUUGUGCUUUUGAUAUCAGGCCUGGAAUCUGCAAUAGCUUCCAGUAUUUCUGGAAAUGAGACUGAUAGAAUGGCUUUACUUGAUUUCAAGAAUCACAUAACUCAAGACCCAUUUCAAAUCAUGCCCUCUUGGAAUGAUUCCCUUCAUUUCUGCAAUUGGGUAGGUGUUAAAUGCAAUCCCACCAAUGGAAGAGUAAUGGUUUUGAACUUGGAAUCACAGAAUCUGUUUGGCUCCAUUCCACCUUCUAUAGGAAACCUCACAUUCCUCACUGGAAUCAAUCUGACAGACAACAAUUUCCAAGGCGAAAUUCCUCAAGAAAUCGACCGCUUAAUCAGGCUGCAACAUCUUGAUUUGUCUUACAAUUCAUUUUCUGGGAAAAUCCCAAGUAAUAUCAGCCAAUGUAGAGAUCUCACGAUUUUUUGUGCACCGAAAAAUCAUCUUGUUGGGCAACUUCCAGAGCAACUCAGCUCACUUUCCAAGUUGGUUUUCCUAGGAGUUGAGAGCAACAAUCUAUCUGGAAUAAUCCCAGCUUCCAUUGGAAACCUUUCGUCUCUCUAUGUUCUUUCGCUCAUGCAAAAUAUCCUACAAGGAACCAUACCGGAACAAAUUGGUCUUCUAUCCGGUUUAGGCUUUUUUCAAGUCUCCCAAAAUGGGAUUUUGGGACCAAUACCGGUUUCCUUAUCAAAUGCUACCGGGCUUAUGUUGGUUGAUUUUGCUCAAAAUAGUCUUACUGGGACACUGCCAAGAAGUUUAGGAAUCUUGCAAGGUUUGAAUCAUUUCAACUUUGAUGAUAAUCAACUUGGAAAUGGGAAAAUGGGAGGCCUAAAUUUUAUUGAUUACUUGAGUAACUGUACUAAUUUGGAAGUUUUGAGAUUGGCAAGAAAUCAGGUUGGUGGAGAAUUGCCGAACUCCAUUGCUAACCUUUCAACUAGCCUCCAAACUCUUACUUUGGGUUCUAAUAUGUUAUAUGGAAACAUUCCCAAUGAGAUAGGAAACCUUGUGAAUUUGACCCUUCUCGGGUUUGAAGGGAACUACUUGGAUGGUAGUAUUCUUGAGGGUGUUGGAGCACUUCGACAACUAGCCGGAUUAUAUUUGAAUGUCAACAGAUUUUCAGGGCAGAUUCCAUCCUCCCUCAGUAACUUGACAUCGUUAACGAGGCUCUUUAUGGAGGAGAAUAGGCUAGAAAGAAGUAUUCCCCCAAGCCUUGGAAGUUGCAGUACGUAA